AUGUUUAAAUUUCAAUAAUUAUUGCUUACUAAAUUUUGUUCCUACAGAAGAGUCAUAAUUCCAAAAGAGAAAUUAGAAUGUAGAUUUAGCAAAAGUUCUGGACCAGGAGGACAACAUGUCAAUAAAACAAAUUCUAAAGCUGAAAUAAGAUUCAAUCUUUAAUCUGCUGAUUGGUUAAGUGAUGAGUAAAAAUCAAAAUUCAUCAGACUUUAUCCUAAUUAUGUCAACAAGGAAGGAGAAAUUAUUCUAACAAGUUAAUUCACUAGAGAAUAAUCUAAAAAUUUAGAAGAUGCUAUUGAUAAAUUAAGAGAAAUGAUAUUCGAAUGCAGUAAACCAGAUAAAAAUGCUUUUACAAUACCUCCACCAAGUUAAUAUAAGAUUAAAUAAAGAAUUUAAUGCAAAAGAUAAAGAUCAGAUGUUAAAAAAACAAGAAAUAUAAAAUGA